AGCUGUGGAGUUCUUCAUCAGGGACAAGUAUGAGAGGAAGAAGUACUACGAUAAAAAUGCUGUCAAUGGAGCAAUUAAGUCCUCUGAUGCUGCUUUGCCCUCAGUAUCAUCCCCUUCUUCGCAAGCAGCUGAGAAAAGCAAACUGGAGAAGGAGAGAGAGAAGAAAAAGGAGGAGAAGAAGAGGGAAAAAGACACGGAUAAAGGGAACAAGCCAGCAGUUUUUGAGAAGAAAAGAGAGGACAACCAGACAGAUUCCAGAAUCAGUCCUAAGAAGAGUGCGGAGCCCGCCAUCGACCUGUUAGGCCUUGAUGCACCCACAGCCAGCUCUGCCAGCAGCGGGGCGGGAACAAGCAGUGCAGCUCCAAUCAGUGACGACUUAGACAUAUUUGGACCAAUGGUAUCCAACCCUCUGCCCUCAAACACCAACACAAACCAGGUCAGUUCCAGUAAGGCAGCUGGGAGUGCUCAGGCCAACUCCGCCAGAGGGGCUGUGGCAGGUGCUACGGGCACAGGAAGUGCUGCUCCAGCACAGGGUGAUCUGGACCUGUUCAGCGAAACCAGCGGGAGCAGCAAAGCAGAGGACUCGGCCAAGAAACCUCUCUCCAAGGACUCUAUUCUCUCCUUGUAUGGCUCCAGCACCGUCCCACAACAGCCUGCACAAGCGACUGCGAUGUUCAUGGGCCCGUCUCAGAUGCAGUUCCCUGUGCAGCCACAGGGGAACUUCCAGGCCUUCCCCGGGAUGGGAGGAGCCAUGCCCCCCACUACCAUGAUGGGGGCCGUCAUGGGACAGGGUGGUGCUAUGAUGGGCCAGAAUACAGGCAUGAUGGUUGGCAUGACUAUGCCUAACGGUUUCAUGGGAAACGCACAACCAGGAGUGAUGGGCUUGGCCCCUGGCAUGAUGGGACCUCAGGGCAUGGUGCCCCCUCAAAACAUGUAUGCCAUGCAGCCAGGUCAACAAGGACAGUGGAAUAUGGCACAGAUUAACCAACAGAUGUCUGGAAUGAACCUGAACGCUUCUGGUGCUCCAGUGGCAUUUGGGCCACCUGGUGCCCCCAUGGGCGGCUGGGUGGCACCCCCCUCCGGUCAGACCCUCAGCACCCAGCUCUGGAAGUAAAUGAAUGAGGGAAGAUGGGGGACAAGGGGCACCACAUCCCUCCAUCUCUCCUCUCCUCUCCUCCUCCACCACCACUUGCGCCCAGAGUUUUAUUCAUGUACUGUCAUUUUUUUCCCCUUUCUCUUUCCAACCAUUACUACUCUGGAGAGCAUCGAUUCAACCUGCCCUGUGUAUUGAUCAAGUGAGCGAGAGUAUGAAGUGUAAGAGACUGGCAGCUUUGACCGUCUUAUUUGCAAUUAUUUUUUUCUUCUUAUAUAUAUAUAUAUAUAUAUAUGUUCGGGGGGUUCAAAAUACAUAUCAGCUACAAGAAAGCUGCUGGACCAAUUAUAUAGGCUUCUAAUGUAUCUUUACCAAAUCAAUAGUGAGUCAUAGUAUUUAAAAGACAGAGGUAUGGCUAUCAUAUUUGUGACUACCUCCUCCUUUUCCUAUCUUCUGUAGCCCGAUGUCCCAGAACCCUGUAGCAGAUAUUGUAUAGACCCAUGUAAUGUAUGUAAUCAUGAGAUAGACGAUCCCCUCGCCCCCUCUCUCCGGCCUCUCACCCCACUGCAUCUGUGUAGCUCCAUGACAAACUCCAUCUUUACUGUGAUGUUUUAAUGUGUGCGUUACAGAGAAGCACAGUGAGUGAAAGACAAAUAAACCUGGACGACUGUACAGCUGUGACGGCUAACGGG